UAAUAUCUUCUACUUAAUCCUGGAUACUAUAUCCAAAGUUAGAGCAUCCACUCCAAAGCCGAGAAUUUCUGAAAAACAAAACAAUGUCAUCAUAUGAUGUUAGAAUUUUUUUUCAAAUGAUGGUUCCUAAUACUUCACGUUAGAAGAACUCGAAUUUGAUAACCAGUUUGAGAAACACCAGUAUAACCAGAUUACAGGAAAAAGCAAGUCAAAAGGAAGAUCAUGAAUAUAACAACUUUGAGGAAACAUUAAUCAAAGACCAAAGCUUUUUAAACAACUGAGAGUUUUUAUAAGAAAAAGACCUCAUGCAGUAGUCCCCAGUUAUUCAUGCAGUAUACAUUCCAAGACCCCCAGAGAAUGCCUGAAAUCACUGAUGUACCAAACCCUAACCAGGUUCUUAGUAUGAGCUACUGAAUGACGAAUGGGUGGGUAGUAUAUACAGUGCAGAUACACUGGACAAAGAAAUGAUUCACAGCUCAGGCAGGACAGAGCAGAUCACACAAGAUUUCAUCACAGUACUCAGAAAACCACACCAUUUAAAAGUUACGAAUUGUUUAUUUCUGGAAUUUUCCAUAUAAUAUUUUUGACCACAAUUGCCCGUGGAGAACUGAAACCAUGGAAAGUGGAACUGUGGAUAAGGCAGGACUACUGUAACUAUGACAUCAAUGGUAGGAACCUGAAGCAUAAUUCUGCUGUAGUGGAUUUUUUCAAAAGGCAACUCAUGAAUGAAAAUAAUUUAUUAGAUAUAAGAAAGGAUGCAUUUGUAUCUCAAACUUUACUUAUUUACUUAUUCUGGAAAUAAAUGAAAAGCCAACACUUAUUACAUACCCACAAAAAUGAAAAUAAAUAAAUAUAAAGCCAUAGUUCAGUACUGAUGGAAUCUGAGAAAAUUUAUAUGAGAGCGAACCCAUACCUCUGUACUGAAUGUGGGAAAGGCUACACUUGUGUUGCAUCCCUGACCCAGCAUCAGAAAACACAUAUUGGAGAGAAACCUUAUGAAUGUAAAAUAUGUGAUAAGUCCUUUACCCGGAACACUAAUCUUAUUCAACAUCAAAGAAUACAUACUGGAGAGAAACCUUAUGAAUGCAAUGAAUGUGGGAAAGCUUUUAGUCAGAGCACUAAUCUUAUUCAGCAUCAAAGAGUCCAUACUGGGGAGAAACCUUAUGAGUGUAAUGAAUGUGAAAAAGCCUUUAGUCAUAGGUCAUCCCUUAGAAAUCAUGAGAGAAUCCAUACUGGAGAAAAACCCUAUCCUUGUAAUGAAUGUGGGAAAGCUUUCAGCCAUAUCUCUGCCCUUACUCAACAUCAUAGAAUUCAUACUGGAAAGAAACCAUAUGAAUGUACUGAAUGUGGAAAAACCUUCAGCCGCAGCACACACCUAAUUGAACAUCAGGGAAUUCAUUCUGAGGAAAAAUCCUACCAGUGUAAGGAAUGUCAGAAGGUUUUUUGCCACAGUACAUCACUAAUCCGACAUCAGAGAAUCCACACAGGAGAGAAACCAUAUGAAUGUAAUGAAUGUGGGAAAGCUUUCAGCCACACCCCAGCCUUCAUUCAACAUCAAAGAAUUCAUACUGGAGAAAAACCCUAUGAGUGUAAUGCAUGUGGAAAGGCCUUCAAUCGGAGUGCACAUCUUACUGAACACCAGAGAACUCAUACUGGAGAGAAGCCCUAUGUUUGUAAAGAAUGUAGAAAAACCUUCAGUCGAAGGACACACCUUACUGAACAUAUAAAAAUUCAUUCUGGCAUGAAACCCUAUCAAUGUAAUGAAUGUCAGAAACCGUUUUGCUAUAGAACCUCACUAAUUCGACAUCAGAGGAUGCAUACAGGAGAGAAACCCUACCAAUGUAAUGAAUGUGGGAAAUCCUUCAGCUUAAGCUCAACUCUGACUAAACAUAAGCGAAUACAUACAAGGGAGAGACCUUAUCAAUGUAAUAAGUGUGGUGAUGUCUUUUGUCAUAGUACAUCCUUAAUUCGACAUCAGAGAACUCAUUUCAGAAAGGAAACCUUAGCCGAGUAAUGGGUGUGGGAAAGCCUGCAGUCAGUUGUAGGUUAUUGUUUACACUUGAGCAUUCACAGUAUAGGAAACUAAGAUUGUUAUGUGAGGAAAAUCUUCAGGCAAAACACUCAUUUACUUAUUAUGCUACUUGUACUGAGAAGAAAGACUAUUCUUAUAAUCUAAAAAAUGUGUUAUUGAAAGAGAAAGUUAUAAUGGAAGUGUUCAUCCAAAACUAAGGUUUGUUUUUUUAAAGACAUAUUUAGAAAGUUAUUUUCAGCGAUAAUUUAUUAAAAUGUAUAUAUUUGCUUAUAAAAAAAGCCUUUUGAAGUACACAGAAAUCUUAGUAGGAUAAUGAAAAUUGUUCACUGUAUACAUAAUCCCUUUUUAUUAAGUCCUAUGUUAUAUUUCAGUGUUCAAGAAACACUUUUGUAGAGCGUUUGAAAAUAAAAUUGACAGAUUUCA